GUUACUUUGUUCAUCUAGUUCAGUAGAGUGGCCUGGUGUGUUGAUAAAAUGCAGUUUCAGAAUCCUAUUAUUAAUUUGUUUAGAUGUCAUUUGAAAAAUUCCAUUCAUAAAAUAAGUUCUAUUUCAACGUUUGAAAGCUCUAUUUCACUCAAGAAUUUGUACCCCUCCAGCUCACAUAGCUUAACUGCCCCUGUUAAGAUACCAGAAAAUCAAAAUUUGAAAUUCAAUGGUUUCAUACCUAUCGAUAAACUAAAUAUUACUUACUGUAGAAGUUCUGGUCCUGGAGGUCAAAAUGUGAAUAAAGUUAACACUAAGGUGGAUAUCCGUUUUAAUUUGGAGUCAGCAGAAUGGAUAGACGAUGAAGUAAAGAAAAAACUUGCAGACUUGUACAAUACAAGAAUUAAUAGAGAUGGCUAUUUUAUCAUUAAAUCUGAUAAAACAAGAUCUCAGUUCUAUAAUCAAGCUGAUGCAAUCACAAUACUGAGGGAAAUGAUUUUCAAAGCAGCAAAGGCCUGCGUAGUUCAAGAACCUUCUCAGGAAACUCUUCAUAUUUUAAGGAAAAGGAAAGAACGGGCAAACAUUCAUCGUUUGGCCGCCAAGAGUCAGCAUUCACUUAAAAAAAAUGAUAGAAAAACUCCUGAUUUCUAAUUUCAUCUUAAUUUACUGUAUAUUUGUAAAUAAAUAAAUAUUGAACUAUUAA